UGGUGAUCGGAGUGAUGGACACAGGGAGUUCCCCGGGACCCGACCCCCGCCCAGGACUCCGGGAAGAGGCAGGAGUUGGUGCCCGGGCCCUGGGGGCUCUGGGGCCCUGGGGGCUGGUGGACUGGAGCCACAGACCAUACCGGACGUGCGUCCUGCUUUGCGCUCUGAGCGCGCUGCUGUGGCUGGUGGUGCUCGGCCCGUGUCGGAGCCUCUGUCUGCUGUGCUUCCUCCUGGCUCUAGGGGUUCUCGCUGACUAUGCAGGAGGCUUCUGGGCUCGUGGCGUGGUGCACGGGUGGGGGCUGAUGCACUCAGAGGAGGACUCUUCACUCCAGCUACUGCUCAAAGAGACGUGUGCCUUCAGACAGCAGAGCCCAGGCAAGUUCUGUCUCCUGAUGUGCAGUCUGUGCACGUUUAUGGCCGUGUUGGGGCGCUACAUCCCUGGCGUGGUGCUCUCCUAUGCUUUAGUCCUGGGGUUCUUCCUCUGGCCCCUGUUGUCCUCUCUGGACCUGGGCAUGUGGCUGAAGCCCGUCUUGCACAAGGUGGAUGAAGGUGUCUGGAACGUUCUUCACAAAAUCAAAGCUGGUCAUGUGCGACUUAUCUCCCAGCCUCCACAGCCCCACACAGAGACUCGACCUGUGGACUCAGACCUUUCCUCCAUGACGCCCAAGCUGGACUCUACGCUGUGUAAGGAACUGUGUGUGUCGGACACUGAGCCAUCAGACCUGAGCUGGACAGACGGACUCUUCACCCUGUCAGAGGGACACACCCCCCACUCAGAGGGACACACCCCCUUCACUGACCAAUCAGAAGAGCUGGACAGAGAAGAUUUCCCUUCAUUGGACAAUGGCCACAUGACAAAUGGAACUAGCGACGAGGAGGACCUGUACCCUGCUAUCCCCGCCCCGCAGCCUGAUCAGCCAAUCACAGCUCUGUACUCAGACGCCAUCAGCAUGUCAGAGCUGGGAGGGCAUCUGGUCUCCGCUCUUAUCCAGGAGAGGCUGGAGUCCGCUCUGGCCCCCGCCCUCCCCCUCCUCGUCCCGGGGCAGGAGAGCACCAGAGCGGGGGAGAAGAUGGCGUUGGAGGAUUCAGACAGUGACGUGGAAGACUUUGAGCUGUUGGAUCAGUCUGAGCUGGAGCAGUGUGAGGCCGAACUCGGUCUGAUUCAGGAGCAGAGUCCAGAGCACAGCCUUAGACACACGACCCCUGGGUUCAUCUCCAAACUCCUCCGACGCCACUAACACCAACCCUUUCAACAUCAUGCAGGAUUCAAAAUGGACUGUUUUGAAUUAUUAGGCAUAUUAAAGGGCCUGUACCUGAUUUUAAAGGACCCAGCCAUGUUAUAAUGUUGUUUCCUCUGUAAAAAAAAAAAAAAAAAAGAGUUGUGUUUUGUUUAUCUCAGACAUUCAGACAUGUUUGAGUAACCCUUUAUUAUGAGCAUUUCUGCAUUUCUAAAGCUCAAAAUGCUCUGCUCCACCUUGUGAUGUCAUGAAGUGGUAGUUUUCAAGUUAACUGCUCCAGGCAUGUUUGUGAUUUGGAACCAACAUUAUAAUAUAGAUCAGAAAAUACAUAAUAUAGGCCCUUUAAUGUAUUCUUGUCAAGAUAAAUGCUCUGACCUCAUUAUCAUACAUUGCAGUGUAAAAGCUGCUAAAUAAGAAAAUAAAUAACACUGUUAAACAGAAUCUAUUCAUUUAACUACAGACAGGGUCACCUUUUUCACCUAAUCUGGCACAUUGUUACUGAGACUCAUGGACAACCAUUGGAGAAUAAUAAGGAAACAGCAGCAUGACACUGUUGUGUCAUGGUGCAAAAAUACUAAAACAUGUUCCUGACUCACGGUUUGAAAUCAGGUACAGGGCCUUUAAAGCUGUACAAUCAAAAAAGUACCUGGACUUGUACUUUUUUUUAAAUCUCAAAACACCUGUCACUUCUGUCAUUUUAAAGGGCCUAUAUACUAUCCAUUGUACCCAUAGUCUUGGUAUUUCCUUUGGUGCACUUUGGUGCAAGAAAAAAUGUGUCUAGAGAAAAGCACUGUCUCGAUUAUGACAUGUAGUUACAAAAAGUGCCACUAGAUAGCGAUGACAGCCUGUAGCUGAGGAAGUAUUGAAAUUGUGUGUAAGUUAAAAUGAUUCUAAUUCUACAUUCGCAAUUUGAGCAGAACUGACCUGACCAAGUUUGGUGACGGUUUCUGCACUAUAAAAAGACACAAGAAUGACGCAAAACUUUUUUUAGAUCAUUUUGAAUAAUAUAAAUCCUAAGACUUUCAAGAGACUUGUUCAUUUCUGCUCAUACGAUCCCUGCUAAUUAGCUCACCAUGUUUACGGCUAAUAUACCCUCAGACCUACCAGUCCAAAGUAGUUUACAAAGUCUGAGUUGUGCUUAUUUUAAGACCUUAAAAUCAAAACUAACAAUUGGGGGCCAUUCAUACAAGGAGGAACUGCUUAAAUACACAAAUGCUUUUUGGCAAAUAUUUAUGUAACCAGCCGAAGCCUUUUCCCAUCACCACUGAUUGCUUUAGAGUUUAAUGACCUUCAUUAAGGCAUGUUUAUCUGUAUGCUUUCACAAUAUUAGGCUACACUGAGUUCUUUUGUCACUGUGGUUACUCUUUUUUGCCAGCAGAGGCCGCACACAAUAUAAUAAAAACAGUAUCUGUGCAGUGAAACGCAUGUAUUCAUGUAUUUCCUUUCAGAGAAUGUGUGUACAUUACAGAUUGUCUCUAUUUAUUACGAUUUUAACUACA